AUGCAGAUUCCAGCGACAUUCAUGGACCUUCCUGCCCCAAAUCUCAACGCAGGGGCCCCUCAGAGCAUCCCCGAAAGUCAUAUCAUCGACUCCAAGGGCCCUGCCGAAGCCCAAUUGCCCCAGCCAGAUGUCCAAAUGGAUGAACAUUCCUCAGCAGACUGGGAAAUCUCAGCCCAAGCCCAAUUGGAGGCCAACUUGAUGACAUCCGCGGAAACACCGACAUCAAGUCGAACUCGACCUGCUCGUCGCACCACUCAACCCGCUGGCCCUGGCGUUGAGUCUGCUAUAAUUACCAUCAAGCCAAAAGCAGUAAGGAAGACAAAGGCACCCACCAAACGGAAACGUUUGAUUCGACCGAUAAAUAUAGUGUGCACAGGUUGCUAUCGAGGAAAUAGCCCUUCAAACAACUUCAUUGUGCUUUGUGAUGGGUGUGACAGGCCAUGGCACCAGAAAUGUCACACUCCCAAUAUCGAUAACGAGGUCGUCCAGAUAAUGGACAUGGACUGGUUUUGCAACAAAUGCACCCCCAACAAAACACGUCAGCCCAAAGCCAAAAUGCCACCCAAGAAACCCCAACCCGCACCAAAGAAGACAAUGUCUCCUCCAAAAGUCAGCGGAAACAAAUACACGGGAGAUGAACGCCGAGCCUACCUAUCAUCCCUUUCGCAUGACGCGCUGGUAGACCUCCUGCUCAACAUCUCAAACGACUGGCCCCUCGUCCCAAUCUUCCCUCCCAACAUCCAAACACUUUCAAGCAGCACUGCCAACCAGCCUUCCAUCUCCGCCGGUGUUGUCCAGGCCCAGGCGCCAGCCACUCAAUCCACCGGGCCUCUCACUCACCUCGCAUCUCCGGCGAUGCGCACGCCUGCUCGCAUCUCAUAUGCUGAAUCAUCUGAUUCCGAAUUCCUCACCGACGGCGAGUCUGACGCUCACUCACCACCGCACUCUCCUGUUAUCUCACGGGCGGCGUCCCAGCAUGAGAACGACUACGACUCGGAGGACUAUCGCGCGUACCCUGAAGCUGGCCAAGGCUUCGUUGUCCCCAUGACGGUGGAGGAUCUCGAUAUCAUGGCCGAGGAUGAUUAUUAUCCUACCUUCAGUCAUUCAAUUCGGGGAUCAGGCAAGGCCCAAGAACCAACACUGGGAUCUAUUCAACGCUAG